GUCACUGUAUGUAAGGGAAAUGGUCCGUGGGUCGCGAGCUUGAUGCAAGGCUGUUUAAGACAGCUCGCGCCUCGGAGAAUGCGCUUGGGGCUUGAGGUGCACCAACAGCAGUCAUGAUACGGUUUGGAGGCGCGCGGCCUGCGUUUAGGGGCCCGCGCGACUUCCUGGAAGAGCAUCUCCAGCGCGCGAAAGAUGAUGUUCCGGCGCUCUUAGACCAUGGCGUGCCCCAGCCCGCCUUUGAGUCUGUACUGGCACAGAAGCAACGGUGCGACGUGGCCGGGGCCCCUUUCGGGGAUGUGGAGCUCGCGUUGUCACUCGCGCGCGGCUCAGCGACGGGAGAGCCGACAGCCGGCGACGCUGCCGCAUCCUCCGCUGCCGCCAGCUCCAGGGCCGCCGCAGGAGCCGGCAGCGGCCCGGGCUUUGUCGCGGUCAAGCAGCGCCCGGUACCGCGCGUGUGCAGCCGUGCCGAGGCGGAGGCGGUCAUGCACAGCGUGCAGCCCAACGCUGUGGCCUCUGCUGGCACCGCCACCGCCACCACCUGCAAUCGCCUGACCUGGACGCGACACGGCCGCAGCACUCGGCUCAGGAGCCUCCUGUCAGCCGGCGGCAGUGCCGAAGGAGGACGCAGCGGUCUCGACGGAGGCGGUGGCGGCGGUGGCGGCGGUGGCGGCGGAGGCGGCGGCUGCCAGCCCAGUGCGGCACUGCUGGUCCGCGGCCUGGCGGCGGCGGGGGCGGCGGCGCGGCGGCAGCGCAACGUGUCCGUGAUGAACCAGCGGCUGGAGCUGGAGGCGGCGUCGCCCGCAGCCCCUGCAGUGGCAGUUGUCGACGGCAACGACGUGGACGUGACCAGUGGAGACUGGCCGGCUGGUCUGGCGGCAUUGCAGCAGCAACAGCGGCGGCCGCUGUCACGGCAUGAGAGGCCGCGCGGGCGCGGCUGCGGCUCCGAUGACGACGGCGACGACGCCGGCCUGGCUGAACUGGCGGACCUGGUCGGGCAGGUGCGCGCCGCAGCGGCAGCGGCGGCGGAGGAGGCGGAGGCGGAUGAGGUGCAGGCGGCGGCGGCGGCUGGGCCGGAGGUGCACGCGGGCGCAGUGGACUGCGGCGCGGCAAGGGGCGGACUGGGCGGCUUUGAGGCACAGGAGCGGGCAGCUGGCGCCGCCAUCGCGGCGACGCUGCGCCCGACGCCGGCCGCAAAUACGAUGCGCCCAUCGGCUGUUCGCAGCGGCCCCGCUGCUGCUGCUGCACCUGCACCGGCAGUCUGGAGGCCGCGGGCUGACACGGCUCCUCGCACCCACAACCGCAGCGCCACAACAGCAGGUGGAGAAGCCGUGGACACAACCGCAGCAAUGAGCCACGUGGCGUUCAGCUGCCUCACCGGCUCCCUGCUGCUCUCCACCGCCUGCCGCCCGUCCUCGCUGCGGUGCCGGCUGCCCGGCCCGCCCGCUGCCGUGUUGCUGGCAACGGAUGCCGGCGGCAGUGCCGGAGGCAGUGGCGACGGCGGAGACAGAGCGUCGCGUGAUGUGACGGCUGUGAGCUGCCUGCCCCCGGGCCCCAUUCCGCCCGCUGACAGAGACGCGAGCAGUCUGCCGCUGCUGCUUGGGCACGACGGCAGCGCUAGCUCAAGAGCGGCGGCGGCGGCGGCGGCGGAUGACGCCGACGCCGAUGGCUCCGGUGGCCCAUGGCAGCAGCAGCAGCAGGAUGCCGCGAGGGGAGCUGCUGGCCUGACAACAGAGGCUGUAGCAGUGGCUGCGGCAGCAAAUGAAGACGUGGCAGGAAUGGCGCAGCUGCUUGAGCUUUGUAAGUACACGGAGGCGCAGGAGGAGUCGGCAGGCGAUGAUGCUAAUGCCGACGCUGCAGCAGCAGCGGGCCUGGCAGUAAGGGUCGGGAGCGCCGCCGCAGUUGCGCAGCAGCGGCAGACGCAGAAGGCACGCCAGCUGCAGCAGAAGCAGCGCCGGCUGCAGCGGCUAGUGCUACUGCCGCCAGGGGCUGCGGCGGAGGCGCAGCGGCACCUGCAGCUACAGCCGCUGCCCGCCGCAGCAGGGCGCACGAGGCCGCUGCCGCCGCGCCCAGUUGACCGCCGAGCACUGUUGGGUCCCGCCGCGCCAGGCGAUGCUGCGGCUGCUGCUGCGGUGCACUGGACUGGACGCAACGGCGGCCGUGACAGCGGCGACCCGGGGCGGCAGGAAGGCCCCGCAGCCCAGUCCCACGCCCUGACCCAGAUACAUUCUAAGACGGAGACCGGAAGCCAUCGGCAGCAGCGGCAGCUACUGCUACACAGCACUCGGGUGGCGGCGGGCCGGCUGCUGUUCAUGACUGCUGACAUGCGGUGCCACCGCCAGCCCGCCGCCCGCAUCGCUGCCGCCACCGCCGCCACCGCGCCGGCGACCCGUAUCGCCCGCUGCGCCACAGACCCCCUGCUGGCGGCGCCGCUGCGGCACAGCGCCCUCACCAGCGCCGCCGCCGCCGCCGCCGCUGCUGCUGCUGCUGCUGCUGCUGCUGCCACUGCCACCGCCGCCGCAGCCUCUGCAGCACCCCGCAGCACCCUUGCCACCAGGCCGCCGGCGCUGCUGCUGAUGGAGCUGCCGCUUCCGGCUCCGCCUGAAGACUGCCCGCCGCCGCCCAUGCAGUCAGUCAUGGAGGACUUGGCCGCCGCCAUGUCCGACCAACCGCCGCCAACCUGGAGCCAGCUACUGGCGGCGGCGCCGGCACCCGCCACAGCGGCGGCCGGCCGCCGGCUCUCCGCCGCCGUGGCUGUAGCAGCUGCCGCGGCUGCUGCUACUGCUACUGUGGAUGCUGCCGCCGACACUGCUGAGGGUGUCCUGGAGAAUGGCGACAGCCAACGUCCCGCUGCAGCGCCAGGGGCCCCCGCGCCUGGCACCGCUGCUAAAAGCAUCAUCAGUGGCACUAACAGCGGCGACGGCGGCCGCCGCCGCGUGCCUACGUGCCUAGAAGAUCUGAUCGCCGCCGAUUUAGAGCCGCUGGCGGACGACCUCCCGAACCUCGAUGCCGACAAUACCGAGGCUGCUGCUGCUGACGGCGCCGCUUUGGGAGGCGGCAGCCGGGCCUGCGCCAUCCGCACGCUGCCGGUCGUCAUGCUGCCCUCUGACCACCACCACGGCGGUGGCGGUGGCGGCGGCGGCGGCUGGCAGCGGGCUGGCGCUGGCGGCGGCGGCUUUGGCGCCGUCGGCGCCUCGGCGCUGACGCUGGGCGGGGCCGGCGGCGGCUGCAGCCUCGGCGAGCACGUGUCGUCGGGGUCGGCGGCGGAGUCGUCUCACCGGGUGGUGCGGGCGGCGCUGUCGGACCUGGGCUGUGUGCCUGCGCCCACGGCACACAUCGACCUGUACCUGGUGUGGUCCGUACUGCCGCCAGCACCCGCCGCGGCAGGAGCAGCCGCAGCGGCAGGCACAGCUGGGCUUUCGGCUGCGGCGGGAGGUGCGGCUGUGCCGCCCUACACAGGGCCGCUGCCGCGGACGGCAGCAGGCAGCCGGCCUGCAGAGGCCGGCGGGGGGAAUAGCAGUGGCGGCGCCGCGGCGGCGGCGGCGGUGGCAGCGCUACAGUCGGUGGCGCGGCAUGUGCCCUCCGUCAUGGCGGCACUGGCGGCGGCGGCGGCAGCCGUGGUAGAUACACCGGGAGCCGGGGCGGCAGCCGUGGCCACUGCACGGCAUACCGCCUCCGUCGCCGCCGCGGCCGGCGUUGCAGGCGCCAGUGGCAGUAGCAGCGGCAGCAGGAGCUCUGCCGCGCUGCUGCUGCAAAACGACCCGCUGCUGCCGCCGCCGCUGAGCCCUGUUCCUCUGGCGGCGCGCCCCAGUUUGUCGCCGUUUCCGCUGGGGGCCCUGGCGCCCUCCACACCAGCGGCCCAAGAAGGCUUCAGGCCCGCGGCAGGAUCAGCCGCGGGGGCGUGUUGGGCGUUCCGUCUCCCAGGUAGGCUGCGCUCUCGGGUAGGGUCUCAGCACAAGGCGGAGGCGGCAGAGCGGGCCGGCUACAGAGCAGCUGCCGCUGCGGAGGCGGGCGGCGCUGCUGCUGUCUGGGCGACCACUGCCUUGAGGUGGCAGCAGCAACAGGAACAGCAACAGCAACGGCGACAGCACCAACGUCAGCAACAGCAACAGCAGCAACGGCAAGACACAGGUGGGACCGCCCGUCAUGCUUCCGGCGCAGCUGCGACCGCCAGCCAUGCCGCGCCCCCCGGAGGCGCCGCGGCACGCGGCGGCGAUGACGCCGGGUCGUGGCCCGGCGGCACGGGGCUGUGGCGGCUGCGGGCGGCGCGGUGCCGGCACCUGGACCUGAGUGCGCUGGCACGUCCUCUGUCGGAGCCGGAGAGCGAGCUGGAGCGGGAGCUGGAGGCGUUUGGUCCUGCGGCUGGUGGCCUGGCGGCCGCUGCUACUGCUGCUGAUGGGCACGUGGGCAUAGCAGCGCAGGGCGGGGAGGGCGUGCGGCGGGCUUCUGGAGGCCGAGGAGGCAGCGGCAGCGAUGUCGAGGAGGCUGGCGCCGGCGGUGAUGAGCAGCAGGGCAGCCAGAGCAAGCGGCGGCGGCCUUCGGCGCCCGCCGCGCGGACAAGCGCACAAGACCGCGCUGGCGGCGCGGGCAAUGAGGCGUUGGAUGCCGCGGCGCAGGUGCAGGCGCAGGCCGCCGCGGGAACCGCCAGGAAAUAUAUGGUGAGCCCCUCACAGGCUGACGUAGUGGCUGAGACUCCCGCUCAGGUCGAGGUCCAGCUCCAGCAGCGCCAGCAGCAGCAGCGGGAGGCCGCGGCCGCGGCCGAGGCUGUGCCCGCCGCCAGCAGCAGCCGGGAACACCAGCAGCCGCUGAGGUCAGUUUGCCAGCCAACGAAGCCAGCUGCCGGCGUAACACCGGCAGGACGGCUGACGGCCACUGGCGCCGCGGCCGCGGCCGCACCCGGCCCCGCUGCAGCGGCGGCGGCGGCAGCCGCACCGGGACACACGGCAGGGCCGCGCGGGGGCCCACAGGCGGCCGCCGCCGGCUCUGUCGGCGGCGGCAGUAGCAGCGCCGCGGCGCUGGUGCGGCUGCAGCAGCUGCAGCUGCAGGGGGCGGCCGACCUGCACUUCUUCAUGCGGCUGGCCAGAGGCGGCGGCGUGCGGGCAGGGGCGGGGGCAUCAGGGGCGGGUGAUGGCGGUGGUGGCGGCAGCGCCAACCAGCGGGCACAGGCGCAGGUGGCACCUCGUCCCCCCGAGGCGGCAGCAGCGGGCCGCGCGCAGGCGGCGGCGGCUCGGCAGACGGCAGCGGCGGCACAAGAAGCAGCAAAGCCGACUGCGUCUCAGCAUGCAAGUCAGUCACACCACCACGAGCCGCCGCCGUCGCAGCAGCAACCCUCACAACAGCGGCGUGCGGUGUGGGACCCGGCAGUCGCGGCCGCGGACGGUGGUGCCACCAGCCACUCCCAGCGACCAUCCACACAGCAGGCGGCUGCGGCGCCGCACGGUCAACCGCCAGGCACCGGCCGCCGGCAGUUGGUUUGUUUGGAUCUGGAUCCACGUCACGUGGAUCUGUUGGCGGCGCUGUACCGGUCACAUGAGGCCCUGGUGGAGCGAGUUGCGGCGCUGGCGGCGGCGGCUGGGGUGGCGGCGGCGGGUGGCGGCAGCGGCAGCCAGGGCGGUGGCGUGAUGGUGGAGACCGCCGUGCUGGAGACCAGCCUGUGGGAGGCGCACGUGAUGGAGGCGCUGGUGGCUCGCCAUCAGGCCCAGCACCGCCGCCGCCUGCAGCAGCAGCAGCAACAGCUGCAGGCACAGAGCAGUGCAGGUGGCGGCGGCGGCGGCGGCGGGGGGCCGGUCACAAUUCCGGCGGGUCAGCGGGAGCUGCUGCAGCUGUACGUGGCGUUGAUGGGGCUACGGCAGGCGGCGGUGGCGCUGACUCAUCACGGCGUCAGGGCCGCGCACCUGGCACUUGGGGAGCUGGCUCGGCAGCUGCCGCCGCUGCGGCGGCUGUGUGGCGGCGCGGUGGAGGAUCUGGAGCGCGCUUUCGAGCAGGUGGAGCGAGGCGGUGACACGGAGGCCGCGGCUGAGGCCGCCGGAUCCGCCAGCGCCUCCCACCACCGCCCCCAGCAGCAGCACCUGCAACAGCCACAGCGGCAGCGGCCGUCACAGCAGCAGGCGGCUGCAGGGGGCGGCGCCGGCGGCGGCGGCGGCGGGGUGUUGUGCGACCACCCCGCGGUGGAGUGUGUGCAGCGGCUGCUCACCAGCAUUGACAGCACCAUGCACCCGGACCCACGCGUGUGUCUGGUCACCGACUCCCGGGUCUUCUUCACCCUGUACCCCGCCGUACACGCGGCCGGACUGAAGGCCGUACACAUGCCACCCGCACUGGCCAAGCGCUUGACGGGCUCGGCGGCAGGACUGCCGGCGGCAGGGCCGGAGGUGGCGGGGCCGGAUGUUGUGGCGGCGGCGGGGGCGGCGUCACAGGGCGUGGGAGAAGAGGAGCAGCAGCAGCUCGCGGCGCUGGCGCAGCCCGGCACCUGCCUGUUUGUGGGCUACCCCGCCGCCGCCUCGCCCGGCUUCCCGCUGUCGGCCUUUGACGCCGUGCUGGUGCAGGCGCCGGGCCGGCCCGCGGCCGCCGGCGCCUGGGGAGCGGCGGGCGGACCUGGCAGAGAGGAGGAGGCGGCGGCGGCUGCUGGUGGAGAGGAAGGGUUGGAAGAGAGGAGGCGGGGCGGCGAGGGCGAGGGCGAGGCGGAGGCGUGCUGGCAAGCACUGCCGCCGAGGUUGCGGGACUGCAGACCUGACCUGUUCCUGGUCACCACGCGGCAGCCGCCCGACCACCUGCUGCUGCCGCCCUCGCCCUCAGCGGCUGUAGCCGCAGAAGAGGAGGCGGCGCCCUCGCCGCGCCAUCACCACCAGCGGCAAACAGGGCCCCUCCUGCAGUCGCAGCAGGCCCAGCCGCCGCAACAGUACUCGCAACAGCGGCAGCGGCAGUACUCGCAACAGCAGCAGCGGCAGCAGCAGUACUCGCAACAGCAGCAGCUGUCCCAGCAGCAGCCCUCAGCGGGACGUCCGCGAACGGACCUUGAGCGGCAGCCGUCCUCGGGCUCGCAUCACCCCCGACUGCUACAGCCGCAGCUGCAGCUGCAGCAGCGGCUGCGGCACGCGGGCAGGGAGCAUGAGGCGGAGCAGAUGGAGGCGGAGGGCGUGGAGGCGGACGCGUAUGCGGAGGAGGAGGACGGCGUUUAUGAUGUUGAAGAUGGUCGGGAACACCUGCAACCGCAACGUCGAUCGCAGCGGCCCCACCACCACCGCCACCAGCAGCAGCAGCAGCAGCAGCAGCAGCAGCAGCAGCAGCAGCAGCAGCAGCAGCAGCAGCAGCAGCAGCAGCCUUCGCACAGCUCGGCCCUCGGGCCUGGCUUGGGCAUGCCCCCGCUACCGCCGCCGCCACCCCCAAUGGUGGCGACUACGUCGGUCGGCGUGAGCAGCAGCACCGCGAGGAGGCCGGCGGCGGCAGCGGCGUCCGUCGCCACCGCGCUGCCACCGCAGCCGACUCCUAUAGCGGCAGCAGCGGCAGGAGCAGCGGCAGGAGCAGCAGGAGCCGCCCACGGGUUUCCACAGCAGCAGCAUAGCGGCUUGCCGACUCCCGUGCCGGCUGCAGCUGCUCCUUUCCCGGCGGCACCGCCUGCACCUGCUACAGCCGCCGCAACAGCCGCAUUCAAUGACGCUGGCGCUGCAGCUGCAGCUACUGCUACUGCUGUGGGCCGGGGCGGCAGCAGCAUUUGCAGCUCGGGCUCGGGCAGGUGGUUGGUGGUUAGCUGUGCUGCGGGCAGUGUACUGCGGGGGCGGCCGGGUGUGUACGGCGAGCUGCUGCGGCGGUGCGAGGCCGGCUUUGGCGUGGAGGUGGCGGAGCGCUGCCUGGACCUGGCGGAUGUGGUGACCAGCCCGCGCGCCUGUGUGGCCGUGUGGCCCUUCAACCCGCCGCCGCCCGCACAGCCGCCGCCGCCGCCAGCAGCAGGAGGAGCCGCGCCGGGCGGCAGGGCGCCGACACCGCCACAGGCCAUGUCCCCGGCUGAGGCCGAGCCGCUGGUGUCUGAGCUGCUGCCGGUGGUGCUGGAGCGGCUGCUGCUGCUGUCACUGCGCUACAGCCGCGCUGACGUGGUGUUUGAGGCGCCGCCGGCCCUGGGGCGCGCGCUGCUGCGGCGGGCGGCACCGCUGCAGGCGGCGGCGCACAAGGCGGGUCUGCGGCUGCUGCUGCUCACCACCUGCAGCCCCCAGGCCACACAGCAUACGCUCCUGACACUCGUGGAGUCGGCGCUCCGUGGCGCCAACGGCGGCAGCGGCGCAGCAUCCGCCGGUGCAGCCGCGCCGCCGCCACUCCCGCCGCUAGCGCCACUCGGCGAGCAGCCAUCAGCCUUGGAAGCGGUGCUAACCGCCACGCCCUGCCUCAACCCACUCAGCGCGUCACUGCUACUGGGGUGCUGCUGCAACCAGUCGCCCGCAGGCAUGCAGCUGCUACUGCCGCUGUCGCUGCUGCUGCCGGCUGUAGCAGCUGCAGCGGCUGCAGAGACAGCGGCUGCGGAUGCGAGGGCCAGGGCGGCGGCCGAGGGCGCGCCACCCGCCUUUGCCGCAGCGUCCGCGGCGGCGGCUGCCGGGGCCGCUGCGAACUCCGUGUUUGAGGCAGCACUUGGAGACGGCAGUAGCAUGGUUGGCAGCGGCGGCGUGCCGGCUGUGGCGGCGCCGGCAGUAGCACGCCUGCAGGCCGCCAUGCAGCACCACGUGCCGCCUGCCAGUGUCCGGCUGCUGGCGCCGCAUCUGGUGGCAGUAGCACGGCAGCAGCCGCGCAUGCGCCAGCAGCAGCAGCAGCAGCAGCAGCAGGCGCAGCUGCUACAGCAGCAGCAGCAGCAGCAGCAGCAGCAGCGUGAGCAGCAGGCGGAGCGGCAGGAGGAGCGGGAGAUGCAGCGGCUGCAGCAGCGGCAGGAGCUGAUGCAGCAACACCUCUGGCAGCAGCAAGAGCAGCAACAGCAGACGCCGCCGGUGGCGCGGCAGCAACAGCGUCAACAGCCAGACUACUAUACUGGGGGCGGCGGCGGCGGGGGCCGCACGACGCCGCUUGAUUACGAUGCCGACCCGCGCUACAGCCACCACCAACACCUGUACCAACAGCAGCACAGCGCGCAACAGCAGUAUCUGUACGAACAGCGUCACCAACAGCAGCAGUACCAACGGCCAGGAGAGGAGGAGGGCAUGCAGCAUGCGCAGGCGUUGCCGCCGUCUGACCUGGUGGAGCACCUCAUGAUGGAUCCUGACUUGUUUGAUCCAGACCUGAUUAUGGAGGAUGGAGAUGGCGGAGGAGGCCCUGGAGGCGCGGGCGCUGCAAUGCUGCUUCAACAACAGCAACAGCUGCAGGUGCAGCAGAUGCACCGCCGCCGCCAGCAGCAGCAGCAGCAGAUGAGUCACAAUCAACCGUCGGCCGGCGGCGGGCUGGAGCUGUCGGUUGAGGAGCUGAUGUACGACGAUGACGAGCAGGGUGACGUGAUGAUGUACAGCGCGGCGUCGCGGCGGUUGGCGGCUGCUGGCGGCAACCACCAACUGGCGUCGUCAGGCGGCGGCGGUGGCGGUAUGAUGCGACCGCCGGUGUCGGCAGCAGUCGCGGGCGCUACUCGCGGCGGCGGCGCCGGCGGGGCCGCUCCUGGGGGUUAUGGCGGGGCGGCGGGGCUGCCGAGCGGCGUGUCAGCUGCCGGCCUGGCCAGUGCGUUUGUCAUGGAUCAUGUGGGCAUGCCGGACAUCAGCAUGGCGGAUUUGGAUUUAGAUCUGGAUCUGGACGAGCCCGCCGAGACCCGGCUGAGGCUGCGCCAGCAGCAGCAGGUGCAGCCGCCACGGAGCGCCGUCGGUGCUUCGCACCGCCCCAGCGGCGCAGGCGGCGUGCUAGCAAGAGGCGCAGCUGCUGCGGUGCGGCAGCAGUGACUGGCGGCUAUGGUGUGGGAGGGGCGGUGGGUGCGGCUGGAGCUGUUGCUGGCGGCGGCGGCAGCGACAGAGGCGGCAGGGGCGGGCGGGGAGCAGCGGGUGCUUCUGGCCAAGGGGCGGCGGCGGGGGCCGGCGGGAGAGGGGGCGCGGGCGCCGGUAGCGGCGGUGGUCGCGGUGGCAGGGUGCCGGGAUUGUUCCGUGGUG